GCCCCUCGCUUCUGCUCCUCAUUCCUCAAGGGCUAGCUAGCCGGACCCGGCUGACGGCGAAAACUGGAGCGGCGGCGGGGGCCCCAGAUGACGGCGAAGCCUGCAGCGGUGGCCUGGCGCGAGCACCGCCGGCGUGGCGUCGCUGCAGUGGCAGCAGCCAGAAAAGCAGACAACAAGGUUCGCGAUUCGUAAAUCCUUCUAUCGACCGUGUUUGCUGGAUUGGAUAGAUACGGGGGGGAGUUGGGAAUCGCAUAGUUGGACAAUCUAUCUUCGCAGAUUCUUUGUGCAGCCUUGCAAAAGAGGAUGAAACGGGUAGGAUUUGAAAUCUUUCUGGAAUGGAAUGAAAUGAUGCGCAAGGCAAUUUUGUAAACUUUGACCAAUAACCAGCCAAACUAGUGGUGGCUUUUUUGGAAGUAUUUUCGCAUGGCUUUGGUUUCAAAGUUGUUGACAAUAUAUGCAAAGGAGGGAAGUCGAGCAGCACACUAUAUUUAUCAAUGUAGGGGUACUGGCUUCAUUCUAGAGCUUUAGGAAUAGUGUUAUGCAGCUAAACAUGGUGAUUUGUAUCCCCUCCACUGUUUUUACUAUGCAGUAAGAUAUGCUGAGAGUUAACAAGACUUUUCUGAGUGGUUAUAAUUAUUUGAACCGAAGUGAUCGACAAUGUCCUGAUCAAGGAGACAUUCAUAUAAGAAACAUACUUCCUUCUUGCGAUCAUAGCUUUCUAUACAAAAUUAUGCAUUGCAGAACUACUAUUAAUCAGAGUUAUGGAUUUAGAGACCAUGACGCUAGCACCGUAGAAUGAUGGUUUAUAUUCGAGUAAAAGACAUAUUAUCAUAUUUGAAAAUAAUAUUAUUUGCACUUUCAGAUAAGACCAACAUAUUCUGUCGUGAAACUUCAAAGAAAGUGGAAAGACCCAAAUAAAAUAUAGGGACUAGUAGGGUAGUGAACAUGGGAUAAUAAAUAAUAAAUGUAGCGCAAGUAGAGCUGUUGGGGAAUGGGUACAGUUCAUUGAUAAUGCUAGUAGAGCUGUUAUUUUGUUUGAUCACUAUGUUUUUAAGUUAUGUUCUCUCAUUUAGUUGCUCUGUUUUAAGAUGAAAAAUAGGAACAGUUAUGAUUCGAAUUUCUUGUAGCAAUAGUUUGUUCUCUCCAACAGUUUUGCGACACAUAGCUUUAGUGCUAUAAUAAAGUGGUCCUGUUAUACUUUGAAUUGUUGAUUCAAGUGAAGAUCAUGCCAAGCUACAUCACAUCUUAUAAAUAUAUGCAUCCCAUGGAGCAAGCACUUGCUUCCCAUGUGAAUCUCUGAUCAUUAGCAAUAAAGGGAAGGCUUUUGUGCCAGUACUUGCGCUGUUUAUAUUAUAUUUAUUCUGGCCGCAUAUGUCCAAAGAAGCAACCAGCAAAUUGCCUGAACAUAAUUACGAAGCAGCAAGCUGUGCAUAGAAGCAUGCAUUACCUGCCAACUUGCAUAUGUAUUCUAAGGACAAUAAAGCAUCAACGAAAGCAUCACACUAACAAAGAACUCCAUGGACAGCCUUAUCUUCUUCUGCAUCCUCGCUCUUCUUCCUUUCUUGUACCUGGUAAAGUCAUACAUCUUAUCCUCUGUCAACAGUACGAUUCAGCUCCCCCCAGGUCCAUGGCAGAUCCCCAUCAUUGGCAGCCUCCACCAUCUGCGUGGAGCCCUUCCUCACCGUGCCAUCCGCGAGUUGUCACGGCGCUAUGGCCCCGUCAUGUUCCUCAAGUUUGGUGAGGUGCCUGUUAUUGUUGCCUCAUCGCGUGAGGCUGCCAUGGAGGUCAUGAAAACCCAUGAUAUUAUUUUUGCGACGAGGCCAGUUAGCCCGACCAUGAGAGUCUUCAACGAGAAAGGCCAGGGUUUGAUCUUCCGCCCUUAUGGCAGCCAUUGGCGACAGCUCCGCAAGCUCUGCAUCGUCGAGCUGCUGAGUGCAAGGCGUGUGGAGCUGUUCAGGCCUGUCCGUGAAGAGGAGGCUGCGCGCCUUGUCCAGUCCAUCUCUUCAUCAGUGGGGUCACUUGUGGAUCUCAAUGAGCAACUAGCUGCCUAUGUCACUGACACAACAGUGCGCACUGUCAUGGGUGACAGGUUCAUGGACCAGGAUGCUUUCCUCCACAUUCUAGAUGAAGGUGUUCAGCUUAUGGCAGGCUUUAGCCUGGCAAACCUCUUCCCAUCUUCUCGCCUUGCACACGCACUGUGCCCCAUGGUACGUAGGGCGCUGGCACACCGGGAGGCAGUCCACAAGUUCAUGAUUGGCAUCAUCAAUGAACACAUAGACAGACGGUCUUUAGAGGGAGGAUGUGAUCAUGAGGCCAUAAUUGAUGUGCUUCUUAGAAUCCACAGAGAAGGUGACCUUCAUAACCCACUCAGCAUGGACACAGUCAAAGGUGUGGUUCUGGAUCUUUUUUCUGCAGGGAGUGAGACAGCAGCAACAACACUACAGUGGGCAAUGGCAGAGCUGAUCAAGAACCCAACAGUGUUGUCGAAAGCACAGGCUGAAGUCUGUGCGGUCUUUUCGGGGCCAGGGAAGGUAGCUGAGGAAGGUAUUGAAAAGCUUCAAUACCUGCAUAGCGUUGUUGAUGAGACCUUGAGGCUGCACCCACCUGUACCGCUGUUGGUUCCAAGGGAAUGCCAAGAACAAUGCCGACUCCUCGGUUAUGAUGUGCCAAAGGGUGCAACGGUAAUUGUCAAUGCCUGGGCUAUCUCAACGGACCCAGAGUAUUGGGAUGAACCUGAAGAAUUCAUGCCAGAGAGAUUUCAAGGAGGCAAGAUAGAUUUCAAGGGGAAUAACUUUGAGUUCAUCCCAUUUGGCGCUGGUCGGCGAAUAUGCCCAGGCAUGUCAUUUGGCAUUGCCAGUAUUGAGCUAGCUCUUGCAAACCUAUUGUUCUACUUUGAUUGGAGCCUACCAGAGGGUGUCAAUUGCAGCGAGCUAGAUAUGACUGAAGCAACGGGAAUCACUGUUAGGAGGAAGUCACGUCUCUGGCUCAAAGCUACUCCUCGUGUACCUUUGUACUGCUGAGCCGCCUUCUCCGUACCAGCUCCAGUUCUCAGUGUCAAAUUUCAAGAAUUCAAGCGAGAACCAUGAAACUGUGAUUGCUCUGCAGUUCAGGUUUGCUGCCUUCAUCCCUGUGUUUAGUUUUUUCAAUAAAAUUAUAGUAAGAUGACCGUUCAAUGUUGCAUUCGAUUACACAAAAACCGAAAUCUGAUGGCCGUGCCAGCUUUCAAUAUAUUGUAGCGACUUAUAUUGCAAGGAUUGCAAGCUUUUGAUAUAUGUAUAAAUCAAAAUAUGUCGACUGGAGACUUAUCACUAAUUGGCCAGGGUCCAUCCCGAUGUUCUAACAGAUCUACUAAUAGCUGACAGGUGAGCCAUGGCAAUACACCUGUCACAAGACGGUCAUAAUGUUAGAUUCAAUACAAUCGACAUAGUUGCUUGAACAAAAUUUCAACAAUAUGAGCAUGUUUUGCAAAGUAAGUUGUACAGUGCACUAGUGCAGUAUCAUUUUUUUUUUUGUUU